AGACAACCAUAUCCACACGAAAAAAACUGGACUGUUUUUAAACCAACAUCUGACUUCAGCGCACUAACAUGCUGUGUUCACACUGUGGACGGAGAGGAGGUCAGCCUUAGAAUAAACUCUGCGCAAGUCAAAGAAGUUACUUCAGAGAAUUACUCGAGCUGGUCCUGAUGGAGGCCAGAGGGAAAUUUGAUUUCACUGCAACAGCAGCCGACGAGCUCAGCUUCAGAAAGGGAGACAUACUGAAGAUUUUAAGCCCACAGGAUGAGUGGUACAAAGCAGAGAUGAGCGGAAACGAAGGAGUUGUUCCAAAAAACUAUAUUGAAAUACAGACCCCGAGGUGGUUUCAGGAGAACGCGAGUCGAGGUGCUGCGGAGGAAAUCCUGAGGUUCAAAGACGUGGGGGACUUUGUGAUCCGAGGGUGUCAGAGCUCCCCUGGAGACUUCUCCAUCUCUGUAAAACAUGAGAGCGACGUCCAGCACUUCAAGGUGAUGAAGGACAACAAAGGUCAGUACUUCCUGUGGUCGGAGAAGUUCACCUCCCUGAACAAGCUGGUGGAAUUUUACAAGACCACGUCCAUCUCCAAAACCAGAGAGAUCUACCUGAACGACGGCAGCUCGGAGAGCAGGAGCCCGUCCGUGGCUCAGUCGUUGAAGAGGGGAAGUUUACCUGAGAAGCAUACCACAGCUGCAGCUGUAGCUGCACCUCGCAGGGCUUCAGAUCAACCUCACAACCAGCUGGCUAUGAGAGCAGGUCUUGAGGAGCGAGCUCACACCAUCGGUCACACAGGAAGAAGCAGCCCCAUCAAUUCUGCUUUUCCUUCCCGCCGCAUAUCUGAAACCAUGCCCCUCCCCCAGAGGGCGCCCUCGCUGCAGGUCAAAGCGCUGUACGACUUCAGAGCAGAGGAAGACGACGAGCUGGGUUUCUGCGCCGGUGACAUCAUCGAGGUCGUAGACCGCUCUGACGCCUCGUGGUGGAGAGGACGACUGCGAGGGAAGAGCGGGCUGUUUCCUGCCAACUACACCAAACAGCAGUGAGAAAGCACAACGCUGUUACCCUGAACACACACACACACACACACACACAGACACACUCGACCUGAAUGUGUGUGUGUGUGUCUGACACAAACUCAGGCUGUCAGGGACUCCAACCGUCUCUGAUCACAAGAUUCUGGCGCUGCAAGGACUCGGAGUCAGUUUUUGUUUUCACAGAAUCAUCAAGGAACAGUUUCAGGUUUUAUCCAACAUCAUUUACAAAAAAAAGGUGCUUCUUUAGGGAACUUUCUUCAACUUGGUUCAUGAUUAUCCGGAGCACAGGAUCGGCUGCAGGAGGAAUAUUUGAUCAUAACUUCAAUAAUUUGCUGACACAAGGUGUUUAUUUGAAUUAUAGUUUCAACUUUAAUCUAAAUGUUUCUACCAACAAAAAAAAAAACAGAGUUGAAUAUUCUGCAGGUUUCUGAAGAAGCCUAAAUGCUUAAAAGAGACAUGCCACUUUUCUCACAGCUCACUGACGUGGAAAUAAAAUAUUUUUUAAAACCUC